CUGUAAAGGAAGGGCCAAAGACACAGAGCAAUAGUGGUACAGAUUUCUCUUCCUUCCAAUAUCUAACUGGAUAUAGGUGGGUUCUCUUCCUUCCUGCCUGCGUUCAGCAUAUGGGUUUCAAUUUUUGCGUGACAGAAAGAACAGAAAAAUUUUACUAGCACAGAAGGAAAAUGCUGAAAGCUACAAGAGGAGUGACAUCAGUGGAGGGAACUUUGGAGAAAAAUCGACUCAACAAUGGACUUCACAGCUUCAACUGUAAACAAUUAUCUGGUUGCUUCAUUCAAUCGUCAUUUGCUCGAUCAAGACCAGUAGCUAAGAGUGAUAAAAUGGGCUCUUUGAUUUAUAGCACACUGCGCACAAUGGAAAAACGGGACAAAUUUCUGAUUUGUGCAAUGAGGAGAAGAAGGGCAUAUUUACAGACUGAUACGUAUGUCCUUCUGGAGCCUGGAAAGGGUGAGGAGUUUGUCUCUGAGGAGGAGUUGAAGGCCAGGUUGAAAUACUGGCUUGAAAACUGGCCUGGCAAUGCAUUGCCCCCUGAUCUUGCAAGUUUUAAAACCAUUGAUGAUGCUGUUUCUCACCUUGUAAAGUCUGUUUGUGAAUUAGAGAUAGAUGGAGAAGUUGGUUCCGUCCAAUGGUAUGAAGUUCGGUUAGAGUGAGGAAAAAUCAUUUAAUUAAUACAUCUUAGCUUAAAUGAUACUUUUUAUUGUUAUCUGUAUUUCAUGUAUGUUCUCUGAAAACACAUUGCAGUAUAGUCAAGAGAAGUAACUGAGUUUCUACCAUGUAAUGGUGUAAAAUGGUUAGGAGAAAAUCACUGAGUUCUCCCAUUUUGGGGCAAUUGUAGUAGAAUUUUGCCUUGACAUGUUUUAUUUAUUGCACAUGGAUGGAGACAUCCAGGACAUACCUCUA